UUAAAGCAAAGUGUCUCUUUCACAGCUCUCUGCUCCAUAUCUGAAUGUGUUCAGCGUCAGUAUCACUUUAUAAAUGAGAACAAGAACUGGACUGAAGCUCAGAGAUACUGCAGAGAGAAUUACACAGAUCUGGCCACUGUUGACAACAUGAACGACAUGAUCCAGCUGAUGAAGAGUGUGAAUGAUGGAGGUGUUCAGAAAAUCUGGAUUGGUCUUCAGAAGACAGAUGUUUAUAAAUGGCAUUGGUCUUCAGGUGAUCCUGUGUCAUUUCUGAACUGGACAUCUGGAGAUCCAGCUGGCAGUAAUGAGUGUACUGUGAUGAAUAAUGGACAGUGGGCGAAUGAGGCAUGUAGUAACACUCGUGUCUUCAUCUGCUAUAACAAACUGGUGUUUGUCAAUCAGUUGAAGAACUGGACAGACGCUCAGAGUUACUGCAGACAGAAUCACAUUGAUCUGGUCAGUGUGAGGAACCAGAAUGAGAAUCAACAGCUGGAGAAGUUCAUUAAUGACAGAAACUCAUCUGGAUCUCCAGUCUGGAUCGGUCUGUUCAGAGACACAUGGCAGUGGUCAGACAACAGCACCUCCUCAUUCAGAUACUGGGCAGAUAAUUUUAAAAAUAAUGGAAAAAAUGCAGCGAUUCAACUAAACAAACAGGGACAAUGGGGUGACUUCACUAGUGGUUACAAUCAGCUUCCUUUUAUAUGUCAUGAAGGUGAGCAGAUCCUCCAAACACACUCAAUCCAUCAUCAGCUCCAGAUCUCUUAA